UAAUCCAAUGGAGUGCUUGGUAGCAGUGUCAAUUGUUUGGAAAUGAGUAAACGUGUAAUAGGUAGCUAAUGUCGUUAUUUGACAUCAGAGUUUAAACUACAGUGAAAAUAACCACGAGCAUGCAUGGCGCGGGGAAACACAGAUGUUUUGUUCAAGAAAAACAGCAAGUUGGAGAGUUUUCUCAAGCGCACCUUGCCAGAGGAAGCGUUCGAGCGCGUGCGGGGAUACGAGGCAUGCAUCAUCGUGACAGAAAAAGAGAAUAAGGGCUUCAAAUAUUGUGUUCUGGACGAUGAAUAUAUUUAUCAGGCGGAGAACCCGCCUAAAAGCCGGGAAGAUCUCCAAGUUAUGGUUCCUCUCAAGGAAAUUAUAUCUGUUGACCUGGUUAAUGAUUUUCCAGAUUUCUUGAGUGGUGAAGAAAGGACUAAUACUCAACACAUACAGGUGUUUCAUUGGACAUCUGAUCAAAUAAAGAAACGAUCACUGAGAAAAUCGAAAAAAUCUCCAAGGACAGGUUCAUUAUCUGAUCUUCAUGGUGAUCGAUCAAAUGCAUCAACACCGUUGGAAAAUAUUUCUAUUCAAGAAGGAAGUAAUUGGUCUGAAGAUUACGGUUACAUAACACAAAGCACAUCAAGUUUACAGAUAAACAGUAGCAGGCCAGAGAGCCGUGGUUCUGUGAGCUCAUCACAGGGACUUAAACCAAGCAGUAGAGAAAUUAAGACCAGCAGUCUAAAAAAGAAGAAAAGAAUAGGUGAUGGGAUGGAAGACAGUGUACUUAAGGCACUCAAAGAAGAAAUGGAGGAUGGGCAGCUGGAAGACAUGGAUGACCUAGAUGGAGUUUUUUCUGCCUCAUACACGUCCAUUCUUCAGUCAACUCGAAGAAGCAAAGGCAAGGAAGGACCAGGUCAAAGGAGGUCAUUGGAUCAUCGGGAAUCAAUAGACACCACUCUCAGUCAGUCUGGGUCAGUACGGCCCCAGCCAAGGGCCCCUUCUAUUUCCACUGAAAAUAAAUUAAAUGUUGUUAGUAAUCAAAAUAAUUCUUCUCAUGAUCAAGUUGAAGCAGAAAAACCCCAGCUCUGUAACUGUUUUAGCCUUAAUUGUUUCCGAUCUUCACGUGUGUCUUGUGGUCGUGAUGAUAUGGUUAAAGAGGAUAGCGGUAAGAAACCUGUUGUGACCAAUGGAAAAUCUUCCAAUGAUGAAGUGUUCUUUACUGGUAGUGCCCCUCAGAAACCUGAGAUAAAUAUUGAUGUCACUUCUGAUAUUGCUAGCCAGGGACACAAGGGGUCUAUGCAAUCAUUAGUACAGGAACCUUUAGUAAACUCCCGUCGUUCAUCAGUGACGACAAUUCGAGGCAUAUCCAGGGCAGGGACCCCAGCUCAGGAGUUUGAUGGCACACGUAGUGCCAGUAACCUUGGUAUGGCUUCCGUGUCCGAUUUUGGAAGUUCAAUCAUCAGAGUCAACACACUUCUGGCUCCCGAGGAACGAAAAAAGACAUCAGUCAGUAUUUACCUCCUAAAUCUUCAGUCCCCCAUGCUGAUGCUGAUCCGCAGUGCAUGGAACAAUUACCUCAUUAAACACACCCUUAACAUUGAUUUAGAUUAUGAAAAAAGCUUCAAAUCAAGUGCGAUAAGAAGUGGUCCUGUCCAAAGAGAAAAGAUGGAAGGUCUCUUUAAUGCAUUGAAACGUGAUCUUCUAAAUCCCGAUAAUACCAUGGAGGAUACAUUCUCUCUUCUCACAGAGCUCAAAACUGCCACCGAGAAAAACUUCACUCUGAAGAAACUCUUCUGGAAAAAUGCAGAUAUGUUUUUGUUCCUAGUACGACAGACCAUGCGUUAUCUUCCAAAAUCACCGGUUAAUGUAAACACAGAACAUGGACGAGUCCAAAGAGCUGAUGAACUUGAGCUAGUCAUUCUUCUGACAGAAAUUCUAAGUCUUAUGUUCAGGGAGUCUGAAAUUAUUCCAGCCAGGAUCCAGACUCUUAAAGCUGACAGGGGUAAGGCUAUAUUUGAUCUCAUUCGACUUCUCAUAUGUAACCCAGAAGUACCUGAGAAAAUGGCUGCCCCAUCCAAAAGUACCCAGAAUCUACAGGCCACAGACGAAGAGAUAAAGAAGCAGAUAGAUGAGUUCCGUAAGUCGGCACUGUUGGCGCUCUUUGAGAUCUUUCUGAUGGCUCGACAAGCAAACUGGGGAAACCGUGAAGCUAGCUUCUUCAACAUCAGCUGGGUCAUCAAGACUAUGGAGGAGAUGAGAAUGACUGAGGCCUUUGUAGAGAAUGUGAUUGACCAGAUGAUGAAGUUCAUUGGACCAAGUCGGAAGGAUGCGCUGAUGCCACAGGAAGCUGUCACGCUCUAUGUACAGUUUUCUGUACUGCAGACCUUUUUACAUUACAGUCCUAAGAUAUCGGCUUUUAUACGCAGCCACUAUCUAGAGGAAUUCAAAUAUUUUGUUCAAGUCCCGGUUGUGAUGAAGAAACUUCCCCAGUCAUACCCCAUCUGUAUGAUCACCAUGUCCCUCAUAGAGUCUGUCACAAACAAAGUCCUAGAUCAGGGAACCUCCAUAUUUCCCAAGUCUCCCAGGUAGCAUCACAUGAUUGGCAUGUGACCUCACACACACUUGAUCACAUGAUUCACAGGGUGAAGUCUGCACUAGCAACGAUAGACAUUUUAUUACUUGUAACAGUGUUGUAGCAAAAAGUUGUCGAGUUGUGUCCACUGUAGCAAUUGAAUUGCUGAACUAUUUAAUUAUGUUUUGAUAUAUAUUUAAAAGUUAUUUAUUUUUUUAUAAAAGUUGAAUGUGGCAUUAUUGAAUAUAUAACAUCAUCUGCAAUAGUAAUUUAUGACA